AUGCCUGAGCCCGCCAAGUCCGCUCCCGCCCCGAAGAAGGGUUCCAAGAAGGCCGUCACCAAGGAGAGUUACUCGGUGUACGUGUACAAGGUGCUGAAGCAAGUGCACCCCGACACCGGCAUCUCCUCUAAGGCCAUGGGCAUCAUGAAUUCGUUCGUGAACGACAUCUUCGAGCGCAUCGCGGGCGAGGCGUCGCGCCUGGCGCAUUACAACAAGCGCUCGACCAUCACGUCCCGGGAGAUCCAGACGGCCGUGCGCCUGCUGCUGCCCGGGGAGCUGGCCAAGCACGCCGUGUCCGAGGGCACCAAGGCCGUCACCAAGUACACCAGCUCCAAGUGAGUUCGCGCAACUCACUCCUACUCCAAAGGCUCUUUUCAGAGCCACCAAA